AGCAAUCAAGCCUUGGCUAUUAAACCAAUCAGAUUGUACUUAGGUGUCUGAGUCAUUUUAGACUAGUGAUAACGAUGUCGGAUAAAGGUUAUUGGUCAGUGUGGCUUUCGCAUUGCAUAGUAGACUAGCACGGAAAGUAUUUACAUAUUUGCAAGUUUACGCUCAGGCAGAUUUUCACGUGGAAUAUGGGUGGGAGAUCAGGCAAGUUCGUGGUACCUCAUACAGCAGAGAAGACCGAAGACAGUCUUCGUAAACCUGAUGCUGUUGAGCAAGUUAAAGCGUUGGAUAGCGAACAGUCAGUUCAACACACAGAUGAUGUUAAGCUCGAAAAUGGUCACAAAGAGAGGUGUUCCCCGGGAGAAGAAAACCAUGAGCAGGCAAACGGCGAUGUGACGAAGUCAGACGUCCCACAGAAUGAAGAUGCAAAACGGACCAAGAAAGGAAACCCGAUAUCACGAAUUUUACGACGUAUAUCCAGAAAAGGCUCUAAUCUUAAAAAACACUCUACCGACAACACUUGUGAAAAACCCGAGGAUACUAAUAAUGACGAAAAACAAGAAGUUACCACAACUGAAGCACAAUCUCCUGAGUGCACAGCAAAUAGUAAUGUGGAUCCCACUUCAGUUAGUCCUGUCCUACUAGUUGCAGACAACCUGGUUCAAGAUGUUAUCAUUUCUGCCACUCAAACUCGUUUGGAAGAAAUCCAAGUCUGUGAAGUGAGACCGUAUGAAGAAAAUUAUAGUCACACUGAGACAAAAAAUGAUACUCAGGAAUCACUCUCCGAGGUAGAAAUUUCACAUGUCAGUUCUUGUGUCAAUGAAUCUUAUGUAAAUGGUGAACCUGUAAACGAAAGUAUAGACAAAUCUGAAGAUGUUCUGGUAAAUGGUGUUCAUGCACAUGAAGAGGUGAAUGGUGUGGAUUGCAACAAUGCCAAUGGAUAUGUUGAUGAUAACGUAAUCCAGUCUAAGCUAGCAAAUCUGGAACUGAUUAACGGACAUUCUGAAGUUAAUGGAUUUCAUUAUGAAACAAAAAACUCAGUGAUGGUAUCUAAUGAUUACUAAGAGCAUGACAAUGUUUACAUCUAUUUUGUUAAGCAACUUUACAGUUCAUCUUACAAGUCAAAUAUUUUUCACCCCUCUGUAAUAAAAUUGAUUGUCUUUUUCUUUUGGAUAUUGUCUUACUAAUUGUUUUCUACAUGCAUCCGGACGUUCCGGUCAUAUCACAUAAUACUAGGUGAGAUUACUGUUUUGAUUAUUUAUCUAUUUCUAAAUUUAUACACCUGAAGCGCAUUAAUUACUUUGGAUUACUAAAUGUGAUAAUUUAAUAAAUACAUAAAUUAUAAAUGAAUAAUGCUGUUAGAUCAUAAGGAGACCUGUCCGAAGACAUGCUUCUUUAUUUACCUUGCUGAAAAAAGCUGUAACAUCGCUACCACACUGUUACUUCCCGAAAUAUUUCUGGCGUGAGUGAAUAAGUGGUAGGUUUGUUUAGAAUAUAUUGAGAUAAACGUGAUAGGUUGGGGGAUUGCAUUGUACGUCAGUCACAAGUCAAUGAAUAGUGACAUUUUCAUAACAAAACUUACGAUCAAGUAAUCCAGUUAUUGAAAAAUGAUCCCAGUUAAAAGAUCACAGUCUCCGCUCCAUUUUGAUAUACUAGGCUGUCAUGGAAUCAAUCGACAACAAUAAACGUUACACAGAUUAUUUCCAAAAGGCGUACUUUGAGGACAAUAUCGUCUAACUUUAUGUGCCAGUGGUAUUCAUCAACAAAACGAUCAAUGUAUGCUACAUGCACACGUUUGGUACAAACAAUUGUAUUCAGUUAAUUUCUUUCUUUACUGAACUGUUACUAAAAUUCUGUUCAAAUAUCUUACCUUUUAUCCUCACUAUAUCUGUAAAUCUGUAUCCAGGAUUAAAACAAUGGUUUCAAAUAAAUGCUUACAUUUCAUAAUUGUUAAUAUCGACAAGUUUUCUACUUGGUUUUACUUUACAUUACUCUUCUCCAAAUCUGCUUUUGACUGCUUUUAGAGACCUCUUGUAUUUGGAUAUGACUUUAUUUUUGGCUUUUCAAAAAUCAUGUUUUAAUAAUACGAUCUGGUCAAAUAUAUAAUCGUAAAGUUUUCAUCGACAAUCUUAUGUCCAACUUUCUUUUAGGAAAUCAUUGCCCUAUUUCAUUCAAAAUAAUGUCACAUUGAUUUAACCAUUAUUAUUGAUUUUAAAUGUACGAAAUAUUUUAAAA